AUGUCUGCCACCUCUGCUGCCGGGUCGCUGCUCAAGCGGCAGCUCAAGGAGAUGCAGGCGGGCAAGGACCUGCCCGGCAUAUCGUGCGGCCUUGUCAACGAAAGCAACAUCUUCGAGUGGGAGGUCAUGCUGAUGAUCAACGACGAUUGCAAAUACUACGGCGGAGGCAACUUUCGCGCACGAAUGGUCUUCCCGCCCAACUACCCUCACAUGCCUCCCUCGCUCACCUUCCAGCGCCCCGUGCCCUUCCACCCCAACAUCUACGAAAACGGCGGCCUGUGCAUCUCCAUCCUGCACCCGCCCGAGGAGGAUGUCUACGGCUACGAGGCCGCCUCGGAGCGCUGGUCCCCCGUCCAGACCCCUGAGACCAUCUUGCUCAGCACCAUCAGCCUCUUCUACAGCCCCAACGACGAGAGCCCCGCAAACGUCGAGGCCGCUCGCAUGUUGCGCGAGGAGCGCGAGGGGAAACACAGGGACUUUCGGAAGCGCUGCCGUGCCUGUGUGCGCGAGAGCCUCGGCGAGGAUUAG